AUGGAUACCAUUAACAUCGGAGGAAAUACUCAAGAUCGUUUUUACCGGUAUAAAAUGCCUAAACUUAUUUCCAAGAUUGAAGGCAAAGGGAAUGGAAUCAAGACGGUUGUUCCAAACAUGACCGACAUCGCACGUUCCUUGAGUCGUCCUCCAACUUACCCUACUAAGUUCUUUGGAUGUGAGCUCGGAGCUCAAGUUAAAUGUGACGAAAAAAAUGAUCGUUACAUUGUGAACGGUGCGCACGAUGCUUCAAGGCUUCAAGAAUUGCUCGAUGUGUUUAUCAAAAAAUUUGUUUUGUGUGCUGGGUGCAGUAACCCUGAGACUGACUUGAUUAUUACUGGAAAGAACGCUAAUACUCAAAAAAUCAUCCGUGAUUGCAAGGCUUGUGGCCAAAGAACCGACGUUGACAUGCGUCACAAGUUGGUUACCUAUAUCCUAAAAAAUCCCCCUACUUCUAAAGGAAAAGGUGGUAAGAAGGAUAAAAAAGGAAAGAAAUCUGCCGAUGAUGAGAAUCCACCUUCCCCCACCAAAGGUGGUUCGGAUGAAGGUUCGGAAGAUGAAAUUACUCGUCGUAUUCAAGCAGAAGCCUCCGAGCUCCCUACUGCUGACCAAAACGCCGAUGAUGACGAUGACUGGUCUGUUGAUACUUCUGCUGAUGCCGUUAAGAAACGUAUUAAAGCUUUGGAGGAAGGUGUUCGUACCUCUUUAGUCAUCACCGACAUGGAAGGCGAAGGUGCCGAAAGUGAGGAUCCUUAUGAACAGAUUGGCGAGUGGUUGGAAGAGAACCCCGGUUCUUCAAACAAUGAUAUUUACAAGAAGAUCAAAGAACUUGGUAUCUCCAAGGAAACCGAUCAAAUUAUGAAGCAUCUCUUGGUUGGUCUUUUUGCCGAUAGCUUCCACAAGAGUCCAGCAGCUUUAUCCAAGCAAAUUCGCAAGAGAGCCAAGUUAUUUAAGAAGUUUAUAACAAGUCCUGAUGAUCAAAGAGCUCUUUUGGGUGCCACCGAAGAAGUCCUCAUGGAGGAUAAAGGAUUGUUGGAGAGCAAGAUCGUUUGCAGCAUCUUAAUGGAAUACUAUCAGAACGAUUUACUUGAAGAAGAUGUUUUUGUCGCUUGGAUUGAAGGAAGUUCUUCCCAGAAAUACAAAGAACUCUUUAAAAGAACCGGUUCGAUUGACUACGUUGACCCGGCUGUCAACCAAGAUAUCC